UCCCUCCGAGCCGGCAGAGGGCACCGCGCUCUGGCGCUGCCGGGUAGGAACAGGAAGGCCGGCGGGGAAACGCAGCCCCGCUGGAGCUGGCGCAUGCGCACCGCUUCUCACCCCUGGUUCGGCUCCCUUUUCUGCACUUGCGGCGCGCAUUGGACUCAGGGGCGCGGCUCAAUGGCAGUGGGCACGGGCACCUCGCUGGCACUGUCCUCCCUCCUGUCGCUGCUGCUCUUCGCGGGCAUGCAGAUGUACAGCCGCCAGCUGGCUUCCACCGAGUGGCUCACCAUCCAGGGCGGCCUGCUGGGCUCCGGCCUCUUCGUCUUUUCCCUCACUGCCUUCAACAAUCUGGAGAAUCUUGUCUUUGGCAAAGGAUUUCAAGCAAAGAUCUUCCCUGAGAUACUGCUCUGCCUUCUAUUGGCUCUCUUCGCUUCUGGCCUCAUCCACCGAGUCUGUGUUACAACCUGCUUCAUCUUCUCCAUGGUUGGGCUGUACUACAUCAACAAGAUCUCCUCCACUUUGUACCAAGCCACAGCUCCAGUCCUUACGCCUGCCAAGGUCACGGGCAAGGGCAAGAAGAGGAACUGACCGUGUUCAAUAAAGUUGAUUUUUUGUA